CAUCAUCGACUGUUCCCUUGGUAGAUUUCAGUUGUUUCUGAUGGUGUUACAGAAUAACCUGCGGUUGGCUGCUAGUCAUCAUUUAAUGUGAAGGGUCCUCAUUUCACAAGAAUCUAUCGAGAGACUCUGUGCUUUGCUGAGUGCUGGGGAUGUAGCCGUGAUGAAAUAGACAUAGCUCGGACUGUGACUUACACUUUGGAAGUCAAAGUGGAGGUGCGAAAAGAGCUGAUCGUGGAGGGCCCUUCACGAGGAGGAGGAGUAGCCUGUGCCACUCCCCCUGCUCCUGGGACCACCACUCAUAUUGCUGCAAGCCCGCUGCAGAGUUGUAGACACAGCCCUUGCAGUAGAACCGUUGCCCACUGCACAUGUCUUCUGGGAUGGCCUGCCUGCUUUCUGCAGCUCAGAGAGCGUCUGCGGGGGUUCUCUUCGUGGCACUCUGGGGCACAGUGGUGGGUGACAGGCUGCUGGUGGUGCCCCAGGAUGGAAGCCACUGGCUUAGCAUGCAGGACAUAGUUGAGGCUCUUGGGGCGAGGGGGCAUGAAAUCGUGGUGCUGGUGCCAGAAGUCAACUUGCUCUUGAGAGAAUCCAGGUUCUACACGAGGAGAAUCUAUCCAGUGCCGUUUGACCAGGAGGAGCAGAGUUACCGGUAUCGCACCUUUGGAGAAAAGCACUUUACUGACAGGUCCUGGCUGAGCGGGCCUCAGACGGAAUACAGGAAUAACAUGGUUGUGAUUGACAUGUACUUCAUCAACUGCCAGAGCCUGCUGAGACACGGCGACACCUUGGAUUUCCUCAGGGCGGGCAAGUUCGAUGCUCUUUUCACAGACCCGGCCUUACCCUGUGGUGUGAUCCUGGCUGAGUACCUGGGCCUGCCCUCCGUGUACCUGUUCAGGGGCUUCCCCUGUUCCCUGGAGCAUGGGUUUGGCGGAAGCCCCAACCCGGUGUCGUACAUCCCCCGGUGCUACACAAAGUUCUCCGACCAGAUGAGCUUCCCCCAGCGCGUGGUCAACUUCCUCGUUAACUUGUUGGAGGUCCCUCUAUUUUACUGUCUAUAUUCAAAGUAUGAGGACCUGGCGGUAGAGCUCCUCAAGAGGGAAGUGGACCUGCCCACCUUAUUUCAGAAGGACCCCGUGUGGCUGCUAAGAUACGACUUUGUGUUUGAGUACCCCAGGCCGGUGAUGCCCAACAUGGUGCUCAUUGGCGGGAUCAACUGCAAGAAGCCGGACGUCCUGUCUCAGGUGGGUGGGUGUGCUUCUUGCAGGCAGACACUGCUCUUCUGGGCUCUGUCUUCUCCCACUCAUGUGUGUCCUGUCCCCUGGGAGAAGAAAUGGUGGUGGGGAGGGGGGAGGGGUGCCAGGCCUGGAACAGCAGGGCUGUGGGGGACCUGAGGCCCAGGUGACAUGCAGGUGUUGCAGUGGACUCUGGGCUCAUGCCUGGUGACAGCCAUGGAUAUGCAGAUACACUUAGUUUUGUUCUGGGGACAGUCCCAGGAUCAUUGCAGCAAUGGCAUUGCAGUCCAGCAGAGGUGAAGGCUUGACCAAGGCAACGUGUCCUUGUUGAAACCCACUCUCCCAACUCUGUCCAUGCUUUGUCCCUGGUCCCAAGGCAGGCAUGAAUAAACCCACAGGCCAAAUCUGUUCUUUUUGAGUUGUUUUAAGGAAUUAUUUAUUUAUCUAUUUCUUUUUAUUUAUUUGUGAUCAUGGAGAAAAGGAAGAGAGGGGGAGAGGGAGAGCGAAAGAGGGAGAGAGGGAGAAAGAGAGGGAGAGACAGAGUGAGAGAAAGAGAGAAAGAGAGAGAGAGAGAGAGAGAGAUCUCCCAUCCCUGGAUUCACUCCCCAAAUGCUAAAGGCAGCCAGGGCUGGGCCAGGCUAAUGCAGGGAACAGAGUCAGAGCCAGAGCCAGGUCUCCAAAUCCAUGUGCUCUUCCUUGGGAAGCAGGUACCCCAGUUGGCAUGUCAGCCACUACACCUCCACAGGCCUGCUUUUAUAUGGCCCAGAAAUUAGAAUGGUUUUCAUACUUGUUUUUCUUUUAACAUUUAUUUUUCAUAUUUGCAAGGCAAGGGCCAACGCCACACUCAAUAGACUAAUCCUCUGCCUGUGGCGCCAGCACACCGGGUUCUAGUCCCGGUCAGGGUGCCGGAUUCUGUCCCGUUGCCCCUCUUCCAGGCCAGCUCUCUGCUGUGGCCCAGGAGUGCAGUGGAGGAUGGCCAAAGCGCGGGCCCUGCACCCCAUGGGAGACCAGGAGAAGCACCUGGCUCCUGGCUUCAGAUUGGCGCGGUGUGCGGGCCGCAGUAUACCAGUCAUGGCGGCCAUUGGAGGGUAAACCAACGGCAUAGGAAGACAUUUCUCUCAUGUCUCGCUCUCUCACUGUCUACUCUGCCUGUCAGAAAAAAAAAAGAAAAAAAGGCAAGAUUACAGAGAGAGGGGGAGAGAGAGAGAUCUUCCAUCUAGACUACUGAUUCACUCCCCAGAUUCAGGCCAGAGCCAGGAGCCUGAAACUCCAUCUCAAGCACUUAGGCCAUCUUCUGCUGCAUUCCCAGAUGCAUUAGCAGAGAGCUGGAUCAGAAGUGGCGCCGGCAGGACUUGAAAUGGCACCGAUACGGGAUCCAGGCAUUGCAGGUGGAGGCUUGACGCACUGUGCCCCAACACUGCCCCAAGUUUUCAUAGCUUUAGAGGGAGGUUAAAAACCAGCACCAGCACCAGCACACAGAACUUGUGACUGAGCUGUGUGGCCUGCAAAGCUGACUGCUCACUGCUGGGCUGGUGCAGACAGGUGUGGGAGCCUCAGACCUCAGGGACUGUUCCUACAUGCCCCCCUGAGAAGUGGGGCACAGUGCCCAGAGUCACUUUGGAAAAUCAAAACCUGUGAGUUGUUUCUUUUUAAGUAUUUGUACCUUUGAUAGUUUUCAUCUUCAUGCCAGAAUUUUCUUUUCAAUGCAUUUUUCAUCAGAAGAAGCCUCAGACAGUCCCAAAGAUGCUUGCAAUGUGUCUUCCACACCAAACACUGGACACAGGUCCCGUGAGCCAGAGGGGCAGGAGGCUGAGCACACUGGGAUGGGGUCCAGGGAGCCCACGUUGUGAAACAGAAACUCCGAGUGUCAGGAAGAUUCAACCAGAGGUUUAUGAGUACAAGAGAUUCAUUUGUUAUUGUCUAUCCAAAGGGAUUUCUAUCACAAACAAACAUGGUACGUAAAAAGGAAAACACUGUCGUCUUUGGUACCUUGGUCCCACACACUGGUUCUGUGAGAAGAGUUGUCUGCAGUGACAUUGAAACCAGAGCAGUGCAGGGUGCGGUCUCCAUGCUGCCUCACCUGCGUGUCAUUAUCAUCUUAUAUGGCCUUGAAGAAAACGACCUGUGUUAGAACGGGUAAUCAUUAGCUUGGACAUUCAGUUCUUAGCAGCUGAAUCAAGGUGCUAAGAAUCAACUUGCCUUUUGCAGUAAUCAAACCAUUUCAACACUAUGAAAAAGCAUUCCCUUCGGAGUGAUGGAAAUUGUAUUGGAACCAGGUAGAGGUGACCGUUCACGCCAUUGUGGAUGUGCUAAAUGCCACGGAAUUGUUCACAUUAAAAUGACUAAUGUUACCUUACAUGAUGACAACUCAGAAGAUUACCAACAACAACAAAAAAGAACAUGCAUCAUAUUUAUAAAACUAAAGCCCUGAUUCAGAGCUUAAAAAUGGGUUCCUCAUUAGGCAAAUAACAUAAGCAGAUGCUACAAAUACCAAACACAGCACAAUGGCCUGUUAAACUUUGACCUAACUUCAGAAACAACCCAAGAAAUUCAGGUUAAGAAGCAAUGAGGGGCCAGUGUCAUGGUGUAGCAGGUGGAGUGGCCACCUGCAGCAUGGGCAUCCCAUCUGGAUGCCAGCUUGAAUCCUGGCUGCUCCAUUUCCAUUCCAGCUCCCUGCUAUGGCCUGGGGAAGCAGCACAAGUUGGUCCGAGUUCUUGGGCCCCUGCCAUCCAUGUGGGAGACCUGGAAGAAGCUCUUGGCUCCUGGCCUCAUCCUGGCCCCUCCCUGGCUGUUGCAGCCAUUUGGGGAGUGAACUGGCUGAUGGAAGAUCUCUUUCUCUCUCUCUCUGUGACUCUGACACAAAUAAAUAAAUACAUAAAUCUUUUUAAAAUAAACAAUGAAGUUCAAUUUUGCCUAUGAAAUUAGGAUAAAGUAGUGUUUUUUAGGUAACUAUAAGCUAUAAUAGUAUAGCCUAAACAAAUAUACGUAGGGCUGUGACUUCAGCUUCUACCUCUGAAGGUGAGGCUGACGACUUUCAUGCACCUUCUCAGAUUGUUUCAGGGUCGAAUAGGACAGCAAGUGCUCUGUGGACUGGGGAGCCAUGGCCCUUAUUCCUCUCUUCCGUGGAGACUUCUAGCUCUAUAUGGGCCAAAACUUGGGAAAACAACAUGGGUUUCUUGCAACAUUCUUUCAGGAGCAUUUUUCCGGAAAAUUAGAUCCCAACUCCUCAGGACUAGUUCUUCCGUGCCCACAUUUCCUUCUCUUGUGUUCCAGAAUCUUCUAAAACAGUAGUUCUCAAAUGAGGGUAGGGGAGAAAGGGUGAAGUUAUUUUGUCUCUAGUUACGUUUGGUGUCACCAUUAGAGGAGUGAUACUGCCCUCUAGUAGACACAGGUCAAGGAUAUUGCUACAAAAAGUUCAGUGCAUAAGAAAUGUCCACCUACCCAUGGUGCAUAAUAUCUAACUACCUACUUCCGGCAAAGUAAUCUGACUCAAGAGGUCCAUGGUGCUGAGGUGGAGAGACUCUGAAGUGAGGACCUUCCAAGUGCGUGUCUUCCCAGCAGGGCUCCCAGCCAGGUAAUGAGAGGGACAGCAAUUCCCUCUGCCCACCCUCCAUUCAUCAGGUCUCCCUGCAGGGGUCUCUGCAAGUGAUGCUGGUCCAGGCUGAAAUGUCAACAUUUCUUGGCUAAGCCAAGAGGGAAACCAACCCCAAAAUGCCAUGUCAUCCUUAACAGGCACUUUUCAAAAAUGCAUGACCCAGGCCAACACCUGCACAGCCUUUAAUAUGCUGCCCUUAUUUCAAAAUCCUGUGUUUAUCUUUAUGAUUGAUUCUUGGAGAUUAUCAGAGAAGUGGAAAAUUUUGACAGCAGUGGUGCUGUUAAUGAGUAAUUAUCUAAAAAGUAGUUAAAUGCUAUUGGAUUCAGGGUUUUUAAUGAAAGAAUCCCAAACCCCAAAGCUUGGUCUUUAAUUUAUAAUCUAUGAUUAAGUAAUUAUUCAGGAUUAAGGCCUAAUUAAUGAUUUAACAAUUUGAUUCAUAAUUCAGGUAUAUUUAGAGUGUCAGAUUUUCAAAUCCAAAAAAUGGUUUUUGGAUGUCUUUUUAAGUGGAUUUUUUUAAAAAAGGUUUUAUUUAUUUAUUUGAAAGGCAGAGUUCCAAGGAGAGGGAGAGACAGAGAGAGCUCUUUCAUCAGCUGGUUCACUCCCCAAAUGCUGAAAUGGCUGGAGCUGGGGUGUCUGCAGCCAGGAGCCAGGAGCUUCUUCCAGGUCUCCCACAUGGGUGCAGGGGCCCAAGAAUUUGGGUCAUCUUCCACUGCCUUCCCAGGCCGUUAGCAGGGAGCUGGAUCUGAAGUGGAGCAGCUGGGACUUGAACUAGUGCUUAUAAGGGAUGCUGGUUCCGAGGACAGAGGCUUAACCUAUUACACCACAGGGCCAGCCUUAAGUGAAUUUUUUUCCUAAGAAAGCAGCUUUGUUGGGAUAUGAUCACAUGGCAUGCAAUUCAGUCAUUUGUCCUUCACAAUUCAGCAGACUUAAGUGUCUUCAAAGGUUUGUGCAACAUUUACCAGAGUUAGCUUUGGAACAUUUUUAGUCACUCCCCAUGGAUGCCUCCUACAGGACGAGUCAGAAAAAUCCAUGGACAUGGAAUAAAAGACAGGUUGGUUUUGGUGAGAAGUUGUAAAAUGCAUGCACACAAGGGGCCUUCCAAAAAUGUAUGGAAAAAUAUGUAUUUUGAGAAAACUAAAAGCAAAUUACAAAUUUGUUUUGGGGCCAAAAUAGAUGUAUCCGUCCUGGUUUCCUUGCAUUCUCUCCUUAUCCACCAUUCUGGCUCCUCCUCCUUUGUGCCUGUGCUGUCAUUGUCAGGUUCACUAUACUUCUCUGUUAGAGGACCCAGUACACUAUUCUAGGUGCAUGGUUUUUUAGAACUUCUUUUAUUUUUUAAAGAUUUGUCUAUUUAUUUGAAAGUCAGUUACAGAGAGAGAGAGAGAGAGAGAGGUCUCCCAUCUGCCGGUUCACUCCCCAAAUGGCUGCAAUGGACAAGGCGGCCAGGCCAAAGCCAGGAGCCAGGAUCUUCUUCUGGGUCUCCUAUAUGAAUGGCAGAGGCCCAAGUACUUGGGCCAUCUUCCUCUGCUUUCCCAGGCACAUUAGCAGCGAGCUGGAUGGAAGUGGAGCAGCAGGGACUCAAACCAGCGCCCAUAUGGGAUGCCAGCACUGCAGGUGGUGACUUUUCCUGCUAUGCCACAGUGCCAGCCCCUUAGAACUUCUUUUGUUAAUGGAAUAAAGUAGAGGAAAUAUGCAUUUGUACAUCCUUCACAAUUGCAGGUGUUCCCCUUUGCCCUUUUGUGUGGAUUCAUGUUACUGUGCGGGGUCAUGCGCUCCAACCUGAUGAGCUUCCAUUGGUGUUUUUUGGUCUAUUGAGUCUGCUAGCGACGAGUGCACUUGGUGUUCUGCUUGGGUGUCUUGCUGAGCAGCGUUUGGACCAUGCCGUGGACUAACGCUGACCAGACCCUUGUCUUCAGAGCUGGUCAGACUUGUCCUUCAAAGUUACAAAUGUUUCUGUCAGGUGCACACUAGGCAGAUUUGAGGAGUCAGCAACGGGGCACACCCUGCAGCUAUGGGUAGAAGCUGGCGGAGUGGCUGGUGGUGACAGAGAGCGGUGUGGGCUGGUCAGUGAUGUGUUUAUCUGUUUCAUGUCAGCUCCAUGUUGUGUUGAUUACUCUAACUUUGCAGAAUAUGUUGAAGUCAGGUAGAAUAAUGCCAUGUUGUGUUGAUUACUCUAACUUUGCAGAAUAUGUUGAAGUCAGGUAGAAUAAUGCCUGCUGCUUUGUUCUUUGCUCAAGAUUGCUUUGGUUACUCCUAGGUUUUGUGUUUUCCUGUGAAUGUUACUAUUUCUUUUUCUAGUUCUGCCCAAUAUUUCCUUGGUAUUUUGAUAAGUUUGGCCUUGAAUCUGAAGAUUGCUUUGGGUAGCACUGACAUUUUACCAACAUCAUUCUUCCAGAACAUGAACAUAGUAUAUCUUUUCAAUGUUUUAUGUCCUCUUUAACUUUCAUAAUUCUUAGUGUGGUGAUCUUUCAUCUAUUUGGUUGAAUUUAUUCUAGAAUUUUUGUGUCUAGGGUAAAUGGGGUUUCUUUCUUGACUUAUAUUUUAGAGAAUGCUCUAUUGCUGUAUAGAAAGCUACGGAUAUUUGUAUGUUUCUUUUGUAUUCUGCAGCGUUGCUAAAUGUAUUUAUUAGUUCUGAAAGAUUUUUAUGCUUUUUUGGGGUUUUCUACAUAUAAGAUCACAUCAUAUGGAGGUAUUUUGAGUUUGUACUUUCCAAUUUAAAUUUAAAUGUCUUGUAUUUCUUUUUCGUGCCUGAUUUCAAUGGCUAGGACUUCUAGCACAGUACUGAAUAAAAGUUACGGAAGUUGCAUUCCUUGUCUUGUUUCUGAUCUUUCAGAGAAAAUUUUCAACUUUUCUCCAUUAUGGACGCUGUUAGCUUUGGGCCUAUUAUAUUAUGGCACUUAGCAUGUUGAGGUAUGCCUCUUCUUUAGCUAACUUGUUGAGAAUUUUCAUCCUUAAGAGGAGUUGGAAUUUCAUUGAAAACCUUUCUGCAUCAAGGUCUUCCUCCUUCACUCUGUUGGUGUGGUACAUCAUGUUCAUUGAUUUCUCUACGCUGAACCAUCCUUGCAUCCCUGGAUGCAUUCUGUUUGAUCAAGGUAGAGCGUCCUCUUCAUGUUCUGCAGUGUCUUUUGUUCAGGAUUUUUUGCUUCCUUGUGGUUUUUGAAAAUUGUUGAGUUUCCUGAAAACAGCAGUUUUGAAUUCUCUGCUGGAGAGAUCACCCAUGGCUAUCACUUUUUGAUUGGUUUCAGAAGCUUUAUUUUUGUCUGUCUGGUGAGGCUGUGGUUCUCUGUAAGAUCCUGGUGUUCACUGACCAAUGACCACAUUGGACAAUCGAAGGCUUAGGCACUCUUUCCAUUCUUCCCAGUCUGGCUUUGUUUUUAUUACCCAGAAAUCCUAAGCAGGCUGUUGAUACUGGUCUCUGUGCCUGUGUUCUCUGGUGCUGUGUCAGCACUAGAUGGCACCCUAAGUCCACCUUUGCUGUGAGUCGGCCAUCUUUGUGUUUUCAUGGUUUUGGCACUAGAGGGAGCCCAACCAAACUUUGUUGCAAAUCUAUGACUGUGUUUGCAUGUUCCGCAUGGUUAACUUGAUGAGUGAUUGAAGCAUAGUCCUCUGCUCAGAUCUGUGAGCCAGGGCCUGGGUUUGGGGCAGGGUCUGGUAGCCAUCCACAUUCAUGGGGUCAGGUGCUGUGGAUGCUGCCAGACACUGGGCCUCACCAUGGUGGGUCUCACCCUUAGCUCCAGAGCAACAGCCACUGUCUCCCUCCCUCUUCUUCCACAACUGGACCCUGACUCUCUUCUCUCUGCUGUGUUGUUUGGUGUUGGGAGAGGAUGUGGUAGGAAGUCCUGUGGCCACUGAAGCUGCUGCCACGCUGGGGUGCAAAGCCCACCUCCCAUGAAACCCACGCAGCAUAGGGUCAGUGCCAAGGCCCAGACAGCGCGGGCCUGCCUGCUCUUAAGGUCUACUCAUGGCCCGAGACUGUUGCAUGCAGUGGGGUGAUAGAGGCUUGAGCACAAGUCCAACCCAAAGGCAUCCAAUGUUCUAUGUGUGGGUGCAAGUGCCAGGGGCUGUUGGGUUCCUCUAGUGUUCAGAUUCACCACAGUGGGUCCUACACUGAGUUCCAAGGCAAAAUCUUGUAAUUCCCUCCCUGUUCUAACCUAGGAAAUGGAGUCUUUCAACACUCUGUGAUUCUUCAGUAGGGUAGGGAUGGUGGAGAGGUCCCUUGGCUACUAAGGCUGACACCAAGCUGGUUUGCACCUGAAGCUCAUGGCUAUAAGCACCAGUGAAGUCACAGAUUGACCACCCAGGCCCAGGCCAUCCAUGGCUAGUGGUGUUGUGGAGCAGGUGUGAGUCCACUCUGCUGAGAUCUGUAAUUUCCACUGGGCCCUGGGAUGGUUCAAGAGGCUCCAUCCACAGUCACUGGUCUGGGGCUCUACCUGAUAUGGAAUUCUUCUUGGCAGGCCUCAUACUGUGUUCCAAGUCUGUGGCCCUUUUUUCAAAAAAAUUAUUUUAAAAGGCAGAGUUACAGAGAGGCAGAGGCAGAGGAAGAGAGAGAGAGAGAGUUCUUUGUCCACUGGUUCACUCCCCAGAUAGCUGCAACUGCGGGAGCUGUGCCAAUGUGAAGCCAGGAGCUUCUUCUGGGUCUCCCACGUGCGUGCAGGGGCCCAAGGAUUUGGGCCAUCUUCCACUGCUUUCCCAGGCAGUUAGCAGAGAGCUGUUUGGGAAAUGGAGCUACAGGAACUCGAACCGGUGCCCAUUUGGGAUGACAGCACUGCAGGCGGCGGCUUUAUCCACUAAGCCACAGCACCGGCCCCCAUCUGUGGUCCAUUUUUAAUUUCCUUUGCCUUCACUAAGUGGCUGGUGUCUUUUUCUAAGCUGCACUGCUUGGAUUUAGGGGAGGGCUGGUACAGGAAGCUCCCUCAUGUCUUCUUCAAUUCCUCUUUUCUUAUUAGCAUGCUGGCAAUAACCCCAGGUGCUGUGCUCUUCCACAUGGUUCCUCAGCUCUUGUGGGGUUGCUUCCAUGCUAAGAGAGUUGUUGAAAUCGACGUUUCUUUGGAGAGACAAUCGCAGGAGGACCUGAUCUGCUCUCUGGCUCCGCCCCAGUGUUAUCUCAGGUUAGUGUCCCUGGCUCCUGUGGUUUGCUUAACCCUAAGAUUUGACUCCUGUGAGGAGUUUGUGGAAUUCUCCUCAUGCAAAAGACCCAAGUCCAAGAAAGCUAUAUUUUUUUCUCUGUCUCCUCCUUUGUGAUUUUAAAUGGAUUUAAUUAUGUUAUGGGUGUUCUCAAAGAAAUAACUUUUAGACUUGCUUAUUCUUUUUACAUUUUGUUUUCCAUUCAAUAAGUUCAGUUCAUCUAACUUUAGGGCUUAGUUAUUCGUUUUUUGUCUUGAUGAUCUGUCCAUUGAUGGAAAUGGAAUAUUGAAUUCCCCAAUUAUGGUUGAUGCUGGAACUUAUCUCUCCCUUUAAGAUCUACUACUCUGUGGUAUAAAAUUAGAUGAUUCAGCAUGAGAUGAAUAUAUAUUCACCAUUGUUAAAUCUUCUUAUUGAAUUUAUCUCUUAAUUAUAUACUGACACAUUCUCUUGUUACUGUUUUUUUCUUAGUUUAUUUAUUUGAUAUAAUUACAGCCAUUCCUGUUGACAUUGACAUUUGGUGGCCAUUUUCAUAAACAUCUUUUUUCUUUCCUUAUCUUUCAGUGUGUGCAUUACUGUACUGGUUAAGUGAGUUUCUAGUAGGCAGCAUAUCAUUGAGUCUUGUUUUUUUUUUUUUUUUUUGACAUGCAGAGUGGAUAGUGAGAGAGAGAGACAGAGAGAAAGGUCUUCCUUUUGCCGUUGGUUCACCCUCCAAUGGCCGCCACGGCUGGUGCUCUGCAACCGACCCACAGUGCUGAUCCGAAGGCAGGAGCCAGGUGCUUCUCCUGGUCUCCCAUGGGGUGCAGGGCCCAUCCUCCACUGCACUCCCUGGCUACAGCAGAGAGCUGGCCUGGAAGAGGGGCAACCGGGAAAGAAUCCGGCGACCUGACCAGGACUAGAACCCGGUGUGCCGGCGCCGCUAGGUGGAGGAUUAGCCUAGUGAGCCGCGGCGCCAGCUGAGUCUUGGUUUCUUAAAAUCGUCUUAGCCAAUUGUUUUAAUUGGGAAAUUUAAUCCAUUUACAAUCUGAUAAUUAUUGAUAUGUAAAGCUGUGUCAUUUUGUUGAAUUUCUGUCAGUUGGUUUGUAUAUUCUGUCUCUUAUUGUUUAUCCUCAUGGUUAUAUCAUUUUCUGUGUUGGAAGGGUUUUAUUCUUUUCUCUUGACUUUUCAUGUAUCUGUUCAUUUUGUCGGUUUUGUAUCUUUCAUGGCAGUAUGACCUUCCUUCUGCUUCUGGGUGUAGGACUGCAUUAGGAAACUGUAAGGUGGGUCUGGUGGCGCUGGUCUCUGCUGGUUUCUGCUAUCUUGGGAAGUCUGUAUUACUCCUUCAUUUCUGCAGGGUAGUUUUGUUGAGUCUGUGUUCUUGGUGGGCAGGCUUUUCUCUGACAACUUUGAACAUGUCAUCCUACUUCUUCCUGGCCUAUAAGGGUGAGAAAUCUGCUGUCAGUGUCAUGGGAGAUCCCUUCCAUGUGACUCUCACGCUUUUCUCUUGUUGUUUGUAAGGUUUAUUUAUUUCAUUUAUUUUCAUCCAUUUGAAAGGCACAGGGACAGAGAAAAAGAGAGGGAGAGAGAGAUUGAUUUUCCUUUACUGGUUCUCUCCCAGGUAUUCACACCAGCUAGGGCUGGGCCAGGCCAAAUCCAGGAGGAAGCAACCCCAUGCAGGUAUCUCAAGUGGGUGGCAGGGCUCUGGCCCUCAUCUGCUGCCUCUCAUGUUGCAUUAGCAGGCAGCUGGAUGGGCAUAGGAGGAACUGGGCCUCAAAUGGGCAUUUCAGUACAGUGUCUGGGUUUCCAAGUUGCUAAGCUGCUAGGAUCAAUGUCCUCCUCUCUUGAUAUUGUCGGAAGUUUUUCUAUGUCCUGGUCUUUUGAUAGUUUGACUGUUCUAUGGAAUGUAGAGGACCUUCCUGGUGAAAUCCGCUUGAGGACUUUGAGUCUCCUAGACCUGGAUGUCCACAUCUUCUCUACGAUUUGGGACACUUUUAGCUGUUGUAUCAGUGAAUAGAUUUCCCAUGCCUUUUCCAGUCUUGUUUAAUGUUGUCCAUAAGUCUGGAAGUCCUUCUUUUUCUGACUCUGUUCGUUGGAAUGUUCUGUCUUCGCAUUUGGGAAUUACUUCCUCUGCUUAUCUAGUCUGUUGUUGCAGGGCUCAGUUGUAUCUUUUAUCUGUUGAGUUCUUCAGCUCUAAUAUUUCUGUUUGAUUCUUUUCAUGGUCUCUAUUUUUUUCUGAAUUUAUCAUCCGUUUCAUAAUAUUCACAAUGGUAUCGACUUAUCUGUAUUUUCUCCGAUCUCACUGAGUUUCUCUCAGACGCUUCUUCAUGCAUUUCAUCGCAUUGCUUUGCUUUGCGAUGUUCUGCUGGUGUGUUAUUCAUUCCUUUGGAAACGUCAUGUCACUUUACUUUUAUACUCCUGUCCCUGUGUUGGUGUCUGAGCAUUUGGUGGGUCUGAUUCUGUACCUAGUUUAUGGCUGGCUUUUGUAGUAAGAGAGUUUCUCCCAAAGUUGUAUCUAAUGCUGUUGGCUCUGUGCUGUGUUACUUUUGGUUCCAGUUGGGAGCCUUAGUGUGGCCUCUAUACAGCUUCUCCAGCUCCAUGAGAGGCUUUGGGCAGGGACACUGUGGCCACUGGGCAGACAGCCUGUCCAUGCGCACAGGCUGUGCAGGAUGGGGACAUUCUAGUGGCCCAGGUGGGUAUAGAACAUAUAGCAGUGGGGGUGCGGUACCCACAGUGUGCCUACUCCAGCAGGCCGAGUCAAGGGUGUGCAGUACACACAGAAGCAGCCCUGGGCCUGUCAGACCCUGCACAGGCCACGUGGACAAGGGGCUCCUCCACCAAACCAGGGUGGGUGGAGCAAGGUGCUGUAUCUGUGGUGUCACGGCAUGAAGCAGUCUCUGAGGGCUGCACUGGGAGGGGCACUCCAGUGGCCAGGAGGGUGCAGUGCACCUUGCAUGGUAGCAGGAGCAGGGUACCCGAGUGGCACGACUUGUACUCCUCAGUAGCUGGGGUCUGUGCGGGGGCACUGCAGUGGCCCGAGUGCAGCUCUGCACCUAAAGAACAAGGAGGAGUGGGGCCGCCGUGAAGCCAACAUCUGUCAGCUUGUGGGCUCUGUGUAGGUGCGAUGUCUCUGUCUGUCCAGGGCAGGUCUCUCCAUUCCACCUGCACUGCACUCCCCCAAGUGUUGUAGCUAAACAAGAGUUGUUUUUCUCUUAGUUUCUAAUCCGUCUCUGUUGGGAAGUCCUCCGGUGUCUGUCACUGGCCAUCUUGCCAGACCUGAGAGCACAGAGACUGCACAGUCAUCCAACAGGGCCCCAUGCAGCACAGUCCAGAAUUGGGGCCAGGGUAGUGGUGACUCUCAGAGCUCAGCUGCAGCCUGCUAAAGUGGUUAAAAGAAAAAUAGUAGGCAAUGAAAUGAAAUUGAUGUGGGAAAUUACUAAUUUUAAGUGCUUCCCAGUGGGCUAUUGAAGGAGAGAGAGAGAGAAUAUGCAGCUCCCAGCCUCUCUUUAAUGAGGUUAGGGGUACCCUAUGGACAAGAAGGUAUCUAGGGUAUUUGAUAGCACAACUAUGAGCUGAAUGUGGAGUUUAGUGUCUGUAUUUCUUUGCAGUCUUACUUGCAGGGAUCAGGUGAAGCAGAUGCAUCCUGGGAAAGGAGACAUUUUGAUUGACCAGUAAGAGAAUAGAAUGACACAUGGGGAGAUAGUCUGUGAUAUGUUACCUCUAGCCCAACAGAUCCUAAAAGCUGCCCACAUAGCACAUAUCAAUAUCAGUGUCCAAAGUCUUAUUUUGAUCAUUGGAAACACAAGACAUUGAACUAGGAUGUCCCCAGAGAGAGCUGCAGGGUCAGAUGAGUUUCUCUUAGAUUGGGCCUUCAGAUCAAUCUCUGCUUGGUGGAGGCAGAGGGUAGGGCAGUCAUAGGAGGAGGAUAGUUUAUUCCACAAUGUUUAACUUGAGGAGGGCACCGUGGCAUCCAAUGACAUGCUGAUGUGAUAAGCAGCCUGUUGAUAGCAUAUAAUGACUGGAGAAACUAGUACAGGAGGCACAACCCAGUGUGGACAGUGCGGUGCUGUUGGCUUCUUCUGUAAUGGUGCUGGGAGUGUGGAUUCCCCUGCAGCGGCUGGUGAGGCUGCUGCUCCUGCUGUGUGUGCUGCCCUGGGCUGAGGGCGGCAAGGUGCUGGUGGUGCCCAUGGAGGGAAGCCACUGGCUUUUUUUUUUCCUUCUUUGUUCUUUCAGCAUAUGACAUGGACUGUUUCUAUUGUUCUCAUUGGGUUUUCCGCUGUGAGUUGCCUUUUUCUCAGGCAUGUAGUUUCUAUCUUUUUUAAAAAUUAUUAAUUUUGCCCUGGGUUGGCACAGGGGAUUAAGCAGCCUCCUGCAGUGCCGGCAUCUUCCAUGGGCGCUGGUUUGAGACCUGGCUGCUCCACUUCUAAUGCAGCUCCCUGCUAAUGCACCUUGGGAAGUCCCGGGAGCAUGUCCACUCUCUUCAGGAUGCAUGAGAACAGAGCAGAGAGUUUGAGGUAGAGAAGGUUCAUGCGAAGGGGAGCCACAGGUGGCAGGCAACGAGGCACAGAGGCAGCGGGUGGCAAGCUCAGGGUGAGUGCUCGGAAACUGCCUGGGAUGGCACAGGCAGAGCUGAGCAGGAGAUGCAGUGAAUGUGGGAGAAGGAGCAGAGGGCCUCCCAGGGCUGACUGAUCUGCUUUGUUUUUGGUCAGAUCAUGAAACAUCCGUUCUGUUUGUUUCCCCCAUGUGCAAUGCAGUCAUUCAAUUAUAUCAUCUCUGUGUGUCUAUAUUAUAUUUGUAAAAAUGUUGAAAAGUAAGCAACUAUUUUAAAAUGAUUGUUUUUUUUUUUUUGCCUUUACUGCAAUUAUAUUCUCUGCAGUUAACUUCAUUGUCUCCAGUUUUAUUGACUCCCACUUUCCUCGCUGGAUGACUUUCGAUAGGCGACCUGACCAUUCUGGCUUAGAUAUUGUCGUAGUGAGCACACGACACACAUUAUGUAGUCUCAUUAUUUCUGCAGCUUAAACGGUAUGCAGCAGGACAAGGUGUGUCACCUGGAACCCAUGUUAGUUCCAUUGUAUUUGUCAAGUGAGAGACCAUUUACCCUUAAAGAUUCACCAUGUAUUAUAUGUGAUAGUUGUGCCACUAUCAUUUUUAUUAAAUAUUUAAAAAAUAUUUUGGGUUAUUAUCUCAUAAUUACACACAAUUAUGGGCCAGCAUGCGGUGCUUUCAUUCAUGUGUAUAUUGUGUCAUGUUCAAAUCAAGGCAGUCCAUCUCCUCAAUGUCUUUAUCAAAAUGUCUUUGUGGAGACAGCAUUCAAAAUCUUUUUCUCCUGGCUGUUUUGAAAUAUAUCACGUGUAAAAAAAUAUAUAUCACAUGUGUUCGUCACCUAUGGUCAUGCAACUGUGCAGAUGAAUCCAGCACUUUUCUCCUAACUGGAACUUGUUCCCGCUGACCAGUCCUUCCCUCCCUCUCCCUCUCCUCUAUGCUGUUGGUGCUUAGGAACUGCUGUGCUGCUCUCAAUUUCAGUGAGGUCAAGUUUUGAUUUCUACCUAUGACUGAGGUCAAGGGCUGUUUGUGUUUCUGUAGCUGGCUUGUUUUGCUUAAAACUAACAGCCUCCAGUUCCAUCUACCUUUUCACCAAUGACAAGGUUUAGUCCUUUUUUUAUGGCUAAAUGCUAGGGAUCUUUUAAAAAUCUGUGGAAAUUGCCAGUUAUGAAAAAAGCAUGUGUGCAUUCCAGAAAUCUUUGUAACAAAAUGAACUUUUGUCUUCAUUGCAUUUUCUACAACCCUUGGGAAGUACCCUUGAUGGAGCAAAGACAUACUCCGCAGCCAUUCUAGCUCCUUGUCCUAAAAUAGAGAGGGGGUGGGGGGAGACAGAGAGGUUCACUCACCAGCUGGCUGAAAUGGCCAGAGCUGCUCCGAUCUGAAGCAGGAGCCAGGAGCUUCUUCCAGGUCUCCCAUGCGAGUGCAAAAGCCCAAGGGCUUGGGCCAACUUCUGUUGCCUUCCCAGGCCAUAGUAGAGAGCUGGAUCCAAAGUGGAGCAGCCGGGUCUUGAACUGGCACCCAUAUGGGACACUGGCAUUGCAGGCAGUGGAUUUGCCCACUGCACCACAGUGCCAGCCCCCUAAAAUUUUCUUUACACAUUCAUUUGUUGAUGGACACUUAGGUUGAUGUCAUUUCUUGGCUAUUGUGUAUAGUGCUGCAAUCAUCAUGGCAGUGUUGUUGUCUCUUGAACAUGCUGGUUUCCUUCCUUCUGCAUAUACCCAGAAGAGAGAUUGUUAUAUCGUAUGGUAGUUCCAGCUUUAAUUUUUUUUCAGAAUAUUCCAUCCUGUUUUCCAUAAUGGCUAUGCUAAUUUGUACUCUCGUGAAUAGUGUUCUAGUGUUCUCUCUUUUCCACAUCCUCACUGGCACCUGUUAUCUUUUGUGGAAUUUGAUAAUAGUCAUUCUAACUAGUGUGAAGCAAUAUUCAUUAUGGUUUCAAUUUAUGUUUCCCCAGUGAUUAGUGAUGUUGAUUUUGUGUGUAUGUCGUGUGUGUGUGUGUGUGUGUGUGCGUGUGUGUUGGAUGUUUGUCUUUUCUUUUGAGAAAUCUCAAUUCAUGUCACUUGGCCAACUUACAAGCAUGUUAUUGGUUUCUUGAUAGUAGGUUGCUUGAGUUCCUUAUAUAUUCUGGAUAUUAACUCCUUUUUAGAUGUGUAGUUUCCAGAUAUUUUCUUCCAUUUUGUAUGUUGUUUCUCCAUUCUGUUGAUUAUCUUCUUUGAAGUUUUUCACUUAGAUGUAAUCCCAUUGGGCUGUUUUUGGUCUUAUUCCUCCUAAGGUGGUCUUAUUAGAAAAAAAAGCAGCAGCAGCUUCCCAGUGCCAUGUCGUGAAGCAUUUCUCCAGGGUUUUCUCCUGACUUUCACAGUGUGUGUCUUCCAUGAACUGCCGGGACCCAUUUUGAACGCCCUUUUGCAUGUGUAGGUCUACGUCCCUCUUCCCCAUGCGGAUCUCCAGUUUUCCCAGCACUGCUGAUUGAAGAGACUGUCCUUUCUUCACUGUGUGAUCUUAGCACUUUGUGGAAAAUCCCUUGGAUAUCAGGGCCUGGGUUUAUUUCUAGACUUUCUAUUUUGUCACAUGGGUUUUUGUAUGUAUUUUUAUAUCAAUGCUAUAUUGUUUUGAUUGCUAUAAGUACAGCAUAUUUUGAGUGAGACAGUGUAGUGCCUGUUGCUUUGUUCUUUGCUCAAGAUUGCCUUAGCUAUUGAGGGGAUUUUGUGAUUUCCUAUGAAUUUUAGCAUGGCCGUAUCUUGUUCUGUGAAGGAUGCCAUUGGUAUUUGAUAAGGAUUACGUUGAAUUUAUAGACUGCUCUAGGCAGUAUGGACAUUUUAACAAUAUUGCUUCUCCCAGUGCACAGUCACAGUUAUCAUUCCUUUCUUGUGUGUAUUCUCUUCGAUUUCUUCCAACAAUUUUUCAUCCUCUUUAUUGUGUUCUUUUUUUGUUGCUUUGGUGAAAUUUAUUAGUCUUGUCUUAUUGUUGCUAUUAUAAAUGGAGUUGCUGAUUGCACUUCUUUUUCUGAUAACACUCUAUCACCACGUAGAAAUGCUACUGAGUUUUGUAUGUUGAUUAUGUCUCCUUCGACAUUGCAGAGUUGAUUUAUUUGUUCUGGUUGUUUUUUGGUAGGGUCUUUGGGGCUUUCUAUCUUUGAUCACAAUAUCAGAAAACAAUGACAAUUUAGUUCCCUUCUUUGAAAUUUGGAUGUCUUUAAUUUUUUUUUCUUUGCUCACUACCCUGGUUAGAAAUUCCAGACUAUGUUGAAUAAAAGUGAUGAAAGCCGACAUCCUUUUUCACUCUAGAUUUAGAGAUCAGUUUUCCCUCAUUCAGUCUGGUGUUGUUGGUGGGCUUGUUGUGUAUGUUGAGGUAUGUUCCUCCUUCAGAUAAUUGCUUGAGAACUUUUAGCAUGAAAGGGUGUUGAAUUCUGAUGAAUACUUCUCUGUCUACUGGGGAGAUAAGAGGAUUUUCAUCCCUUCAUCGUACUGGUGUGGGGUAUCAUAUUUAUUAUUCUGUGUGUGCUGAACAGUCCUUGCAUCCCUGGAAAGCAUUCCGUUUGAUCGUGGUGAAUACUCGUUUUAAAGUGGUGUUGGAAUAGUUGGCUCAUACUCACUUUGUUGAGAAUUUUUGUCCCUGUGCUUUCCUGAAUGUUGUUGAAUUUCCUUAAAACAGCUGUUUUGAAUUCUCUGAGAGAUCACGCACAACCAUUGCUUCUGGAAGCUUUAUUUUGUCUAUUGAUGAGGUCAUGGUUCCCUGACACUUAUGGGUGUGUGGCAACAUUUGCACAUUAAAGGAUUUGGUAAUUUUCCCAGUGUUUGCAAUAUGACUUUGUUCCCGACCUUCCAGAAGUUCUUAGCAUGGUGUUGAUUUUGUUCCCUGAGCUUUGGUGGCUGGUGCUAUUUCAGCAUUCAGUGCCACGCAGAAUCCAGGUUUGUUGUGUGAGUGUUUUUACUCUGUCAGCAUCAG